GCAAAUAGUUUCUUGCUUGCACAUACUACAGUGGAAAAUACCUAAGCGGAUAGGCUUGUUAUUUGGGAAAUGUCUUGCACUCUCAGGGUCCCCUCCUCUGCACGAUGCACUAGCACUUCUUACACCCGUAAACAUGCCACAGCUAACCAGCUCCUAAAGCAAUUAGCACGGUUCAACCCAAAUCAGCUCAGCAGCUACCAAGGCGUGAAGCUGCUGUUGCCGACAAAGGGUCGGCUGGCCAUGACUCCGCAAGGGUCCGCCCCAGCACGCAAGCCGGUGCAAAUGUCAUUCCUUGGCGUGGGUGCUCCAGAGGCGCUCCUAGUGGCCGUGGUCGCACUGGUGGUGUUCGGUCCUAAAGGCCUCGCUGAGGCCGCCCGCAGCCUGGGUUCCGCGCUGCGCGCCUUCCAGCCCACCAUCAAGGAGGUGGUGCAGGUGUCGCAGGAGCUCAAGGGGUCGCUGGAGAAGGAGCUGGGGCUGGAGGAGCUGAGGCAGGCCUCCAGGCCCAGCCCCACCCCGCUGACACGGGAUGCGGCGGAAGGCUCCCUCAGCAGCAUCUCGGACUCCAUGGCUAAGAGUCUUGAUCCGGAGAUUGAGGCCAAGCGGGCAGCAUCCGCGCAGAUGGCCUGGGGCGGCGCCGCUGCGCCCGCCAGCCCCUCCGAAGCACCCGCUGCUGCUCCUGCUGCUGCUGAGGCCCCAGCAGCCGCACCUGCUGCAACUGCGGCUGCUGCCGCCACUCCCCUAAAGG